AUGGCCGUCGAUCCCUUUGACUCGGCUCUCGACCUCCUUCGCCGUCUCAACCCCAAGCAGACGACCGACCACCUCAACGCCAUCAUCUCGCUCGCUCCGGAUCUGACCGAAGACCUCCUCUCGUCGGUCGAUCAACCCCUCACCAUCCGCCGCUGCAAGCAGACCGGCCGCGACUACCUGCUCUGCGACUACAACCGCGAUGGCGACAGCUACCGCUCCCCCUGGUCCAACCAGUUCGACCCGCCCCUGGACGAGAGCGGUGUGGGCGGCGUAGGCGCUGGGGGCAGCGAGGGCGCCGGCGAGGGUGCCAUCCCGAGUGAGCGCGUCCGCAAGAUGGAGGUUAAGGCCAACGAGGCAUUCGACCUUUACCGCGAGUUGUACUACGAGGGUGGUGUGAGCAGCGUCUACUUCUGGAACCUCGACGAUGGGUUCGCAGGUGUGGUGCUUCUGAAGAAAGCUUCACCGCAGGGCGGCAGCACCGAGGGAGUCUGGGACUCGAUCCACGUUUUCGAGGCCAUUGAGCGAGGCCGAAGCACCCACUACAAGCUCACGUCGACCGUGAUCCUGACGCUGGCGACCGCGGGCGGAAACCUCGGUGAGAUGGAUCUGAGCGGCAACAUGACACGCCAGGUGGAGCAGGACCUCCCCGUCGAGAACGACGACAGCCACAUUGCCAACGUGGGGCGGUUGGUAGAGGACAUGGAGCUCAAGAUGCGAAAUCUCUUGCAGGAGGUGUACUUUGGCAAGGCCAAGGAUGUGGUCGGUGAUCUCAGGAGCAUCGGAAGUCUGAGCGAGGGCGCACGGGAUCGUGAGGCACAGCGAGAGCUCAUUGGAAGCAUGAGGAAAUGA